ACAACGGCAGUCUGACAAAAGAAAUGGUGGAGAAGGCGUCUCUGAGCCCAGUGGACAUGGCCGGUUACAGGGUGGAGAGGGGAGCCAGUCUGUGUUCGGAACACAUCUAUAACGGCUACAAGGUGAUUGCUCCCUCACUCAGUGGCACGGGAGGUGAAUUCCUCUUCAAGGCCCUGGAUCACUUGAACCUCAGCGGCUCCAUUGACGCAGCUGUGCCCCUGGUGGGACAAGCUCUUCUAGCUAAUCAAUCUGAGCUGUCUUGGAGGAUACAUUCGGGAAGCGUGGUCGUAGCUACAGACCGAAGUGAUCUCUACGUCUCUAUUGUCAGUGGCUUGGGCUCGGUCCUUGGAUCACAGAUAUUAACAAGCAGCGGCUUCAUCCUGAACAAUGCGAUGGAGAUGGCGCCCAUGGUGGGAAGCCGGGCAACACAUCUCGCUGUUCCAUUCAUCUGUGUGCAGAAUCUGUUUGUAUGCGGCCAACGCUUCAUUUCAGGUGCUCCUGAUGUUAGAGACGGACUACAGCUAAUCUUUAGACUGUUGGACUCAGAAACAUACUACAAUACCAGUCUUCAGUCACUGGUGGAUGCCCCACGUGUACGAUUUACAGCCUCCACCAAUGAAGUACAGGCGUGGGCUGAGGACAGACAUGUGCCAGCGUUGAGUGGAGCUGAAAUGGCGGCGCUGAAAGAACUGGGUUUCAAGCUGACAAUGGCCCAGCUGCCCUACCCCAGUUUGAAUGUCAUUCGCAAAUUUGGCGACACUGUCGAUCCCUACGCAGAUCCUCGUGGAAUGGGUGAAGCUAUUCAUUUUUAACUGUGUUGACAAUAAUAAUUAAUGUUAUUGGUUAACUAUUGUGAAAUAACUUGGAAUCAUCGUAGAAACCUGGCUGUUAUAAACUGACUUCCCAAUCGGAUUGCACCAUUGACGUUUAACACUAAUCUAAGUUUACAUAAAUACACCGUGUCCCAUGGAGAGGUUUACAAGUUUAAUUUUAUAUUACGUGCCCAUUCAUGCACCGAACUUCUUUAAAUUUUACACAGUUUGAAUUUGUAUUUCAUAAGAUAUAAUUCAUCCAGUUCCGUGAUGAUCUUUCUAUCCGAUGG